AUGGCCACUUCCACGAAGGGUUUAUUCUUAAACCAAAGAAAGUAUCUUCUGGAUCUACUUCAAGAAGUAGAUAUGUCUGAAAGUAAACCUCGUGCCAUUCCUCUAGAUUGCAAGUUCCAAAUGAAUGCAGUAGGUGAAUCUCUCCCAAACAUCCAUGAGUACCAAAGAUUGGUUGGGAAACUCAUAUACAUCAUCAUUACUAGGCUUGAUAUCACCUUUGCAGUGAGAAUCAUUAGCCACUUCAUGCAUGCUCCUACUGAAUCUCAUAUGCUCAUUGUUAAAAAAGUGUUGAGAUAUCUCAAGGGAUCUGUAAGCGGAGGUAUUCUCAUGAGGAAGAAUUGUCACAACAACAUUGUAGGAUUUACUGAUGCAGAUUGGGCUGGGAACAAGCUUGACAGAAAAUCUACAACUGGAUUUUGUACUCUAGUUGGUGGAAAUCUAGUCACUUGGAAAAGCAAAAAAACAGCACAUGAUUGCUUGCUCAAGUGCAGAAACAGAGUACAGAGCAAUAGCCUCAACUUCUUGUGA